GUAGUUGGGGAAGUUUGAUUUGGGAAAUGAACAAAGGACAAUCGCCGGAGCCUCUUGAUUUCUUCAUCUGAACUGUGGAGGUUAAUUAAACUGCACAGUGGACUAAAUUGAUGGACCCGGUUUGCGGAUUUUUGUCUGCUAUUUCAAGAGAUUUGGUGUGCUUAGUAGUGAAUCAACUACGUUAUCCUUGUUGCUUCAACAAAUUUGUUGCUGAACUUGAAAAAGAAGAAGGCAAUUUGAUUGCCACAAGAAAUACCGUCCAAAACGGUGUUGCACGAGCCGAGAAAGAAGCGAGAAAGCCUACCGAAGUCGUUGAAAAGUGGCUGAGUGAUGCUAACAAUGACGCAGACAAAGUGAAUCAAUUGCUAACAGAAGCAAGAACCAAAAAGACUUGCUGUUUUGGGCUUUCUUCAGAUUGGAUUUGGAGAUACCAGUUAGGAAAGAAGUUAGCAAACAAAAAGGAAGAGCUUAAAGAAUUCAUUCAAGAAGGUAAAAGAUAUGCACCACUUGAACGCAUUGCCACACUUCCUUCCAGUACGCUUGGUUUUCUCUCAGAAAAUUGUUUGAAUUUUGAGAGUAGAAAAUCUGCUAAUGAACAGUUGAUGGAAGCACUGAAAGAUGAUCAGGUUGGCAUCAUUGGAUUGUUUGGGAUGGGUGGUUGUGGUAAAACCACUUUGGCAAUGGAAUUUGGGAGGAUAUCAGAAGCAGAACAUCUCUUUGACAAAGUGCUUUUUGUGCCUGUCUCUAAGACGGUGGAAGUUCUAAGGAUCCAAGAAAAAAUUGCAAGCUCACUUCAGUUUACAUUUCCAGAAAAUGAAGAAAUUGAGAGAGCUCAACGCUUAUUCCAUAGAUUAAAACAAGAAAAAAGGAUUCUUGUGAUUCUAGAUGAUGUGUGGCAGAGGCUUAAUUUUAGAGCCAUAGGGAUUCCCUCUCAUGAAGAUCAUAAAGGUUGUAAGGUUCUCAUCACCACUCGAUCUGAAAAUGUUUGUCAAGGAAUUAAUUGUCAAAGAACGGUUUCAUUACAAAUAUUGAGCAAUGACGAAGGGUGGAUUCUUUUCCAACAGCAAGCAAAUAUAUGUGACGAAGCUUCCAUUCCCCUGAAAUUGGCAAGAGACAUUUCAGAUGAAUGCAAAGGAUUGCCUGUUGCCAUUGCAGCUGUGGCUGGCUCUUUGAAAGGCAAGGCUGAAGCUGAUUGGAAGGUAGCUUUGAAUAGAUUAAGAAGUUCGAUACCAGUGAACAUAGAAGAAGGUUUGCAAGAUCCUUACAAGUGCCUCCAAUUAAGCUAUGAUUAUUUGAACACGGAAGAAACCAAGUCACUUCUAUUGUUGUGUUCUGCAUAUCCCGAAGAUUAUGAAAUACCAGUUGAAGAAUUAACCAGAUAUGCUAUAGGUCUAGGCUUAGGUGGAGAAGUUGGCUCAUAUGAUGCAAAAAGGAAUGAGGUAACUGCAGCUAAAAAUAAGCUCAUAAGUUCUUCUUUGUUGAUAGCUGUUGAACCAGGGAAUCAUGUCAAAAUGCAUGACCUAGUUCGCGACGUAGCCCAAUGGAUUGCGAAGCAUGGGAAUAAAGAUGUGAAUGAAUACAGUCCACCAAGAUACCUAUGGUGUGAGGAAUUUCCAAAUGAACUUGACUGUUCCAAUCUUGAAUUUAUAAGGACACAAACAAACGUGGAAGCAUUGGAUGAAAUAUUCAGAAGAAUGAGAAAGCUCAAAGUUUUGAUUCUAGAGAGUGAGUGGUCCGGGGAGCCAUUGUCGAUGAUGUUACUCAAAUCGCUGACAAAUCUUCAUUAUCUAGCCCUUCAAAACUGGAAAUUAAGCGACAUCUCAAUUGCAGAAGAUAAAUGGAAUCUUGAAGGUCUUGCAUUGAUUAGAUGUUCAUUCCCUAUAUUAUUAGACGAUGUUUUAUCUAAAGAAUUGACAAACUUGAAAUUGUUAAUGAUAAAAAAUUGUACCAUGGAAUGGAGUACUUUUGAAGUGAUCCUAAGACUACCACAACUGGAAGAAUUGUACAUCGUCCACCGUGGAAUAAGAAGUGUUGUUUGCUCUGAAAACUUUGACAAGUUCAUUGUUCCACAGAGACUGCAACGGUAUGACAUCCAAUUUGGAGGAGGAUAUUCGAGUGCUAUUCCCACUCAUGACCGAGCUUUGUGGGUUGAUGAGUUUCCCAUGUUAAAUGAAAUUAUCAAGGGCUUUGCCAGAAAAGCAGAGACUUUGCAACUGUGUUCUAUGAUGGGAUGUGAGAAAAAUAUUAUCCCUGACAUAUUUGGAACAGAAAGAGGAAGCAUGAAUGAGUUGAAAGGGCUUGCAGUGUAUUAUUGUAAGAAAAUAGAGUGCUUGGUUGAAAACGACAAGCCGGAGAUAGGAAAUGUCUUUUCCAAUCUGAUUCACUUACAAGUUGAAGGUAUGGAGCAGCUAAGAACUUUAUGGCACGGUCAUUUGCCUCUCAGCGGGCCUUUCGAAAAAUUAGAGAGUCUGGAUAUACAUAGAUGUCCAAAACUAACUUCUCUGUUUGCUCUAAAUGAGCCUCCUCUGCAAUUCCAUUUCUUCCAAAAUCUUCAAAAAGUUAGUGUAAUAUCUUGUGUAGAAUUGAAAUACUUAUUCCAAACCUGCGUGGAAGGAGACUUAUCUGAAUUGAAAGAGUCAGAGACGACUUAUUGCAGUCAACAAGAUGAAAUCAUGGAGGAUGAGAAGCUUCAACUUUUUCCAAAUCCUCGUUUGGAAUGUAAUCAAUUUCAAAAUUUCCGAGCGAGUACUCUUAUUCCAUCAACAUCAUCCUUUGUCAACCCCCGAGGAUUAUUCUCUUUGUCCAAUCUUAGAUCGCUCUGUUUACUCAAAUGUCUGAAGUUGGGCUCCUUAUUUACAUCAUCCAUUGCUAAAACCUUGAUAUCAUUAGAAAGGUUGGAAUUAGUUGGAUGUAAUGAAUUGAAAAACUUAAUAGACAUUGACCAUGACCAGAACAAUUGGAAUGCUGUCUUCCCAAAAUUAAAAGAGCUGACUGUAAUCUCCUGUGACCAUCUGGAAUACUUGCUUGGCCCAUAUCAUCAGAAGAUUCAUAUUCUUCUCCCAUCAUUGGAAAUCAUCCAUCUUCAGUAUUUACCGAAAUUUAUCAGAUUAAACUCUUUGUUACAGUCAUCGUCGAGAGAUAGUUAUGUGGAUUCUAAGAAUUCUUUCAUUCUCCAAAAUCUUAAAAAAGUGGAGAUAGUGAAAUGUGAAAAAUUGGAAGCAAUCUUUCCUGCAUCUUGUUUGAGAUACCUACCAGAGUUGGAGGUUCUGUGUAUAAUAAAUUGCAACGAAUUAAAGCAUAUCAUUGAAGAGAACACAGAGAAUCAUAAUUUGUCAAAUUUUCUAGCGUCACAGCCAUGCUUCCCAAAACUAAAAAUGCUGAUUAUUGAAAAUUGCUACAAGUUGAAACGUUUCAUCUCUGCAUCUAAAUGUGAUCUUCCCAAACUACAGGUUUUAAUCAUCAGGGAAGCCUCUGAGUUAGAAGAACUAAUCGGAGAAGGUAACGUGAUAGGGAAUGUGAAACUUGAGCUUCCAAUGCUGAAGGCUUUAAUAUUUUGGAAAUUGACAAAAUUUUGCCAAGAGAUUGAAUCACAUGUUGAGGUGGAUCGUGUUGUCCAUGAUUGUCCAAAUCUCUCGUUGACUUCAACUGCCAUUCUUGAAGAGCUUUUGCCAAAAAUAGAAGAUGAUGUAGAAAGAGAGUUUGAUCUCCCAUACGAGAUACAGGAGGAGUUUGCUCAAACAAGUUUAUGGCGUGAGGAGUCUACAACGGGAGACACUGAAAAUCCGGGCGAAGCCACUGUAGAUUCUUCAGAUGACCCUAAAUCUCGAAGAGCUUCAGGAAGUGGGUCGCCUUCUUCACGCGUGAGUUAUGCGAGCUGAAUUCAAACAUAUCAAAAUUAAAUAUCUCAUAUUAUAAAAUUUUAGAAAAUGAUAUGAUUCUAUUUACUAUGCAAUGAUGCUAUUCAACUUGGAUUUGAGAGGUCGUGGAUUGAUGAAAUGCGUCGACGAGUCGUAGAAAGGGACCCAAAGCCGGGCCAUGCAAAGGCAAGAAUCAGUGAGCUUCUUAACAGGCAUGACCAAUUGACUGGACAACUUUGCAUGAUAAAGAAUGUACUCAAGAGUUAUCAAGACUUUGUCGACCAGACAGAAUGUUUGGAUUUUUUGUGAUUUGAAAGUGCUUCUGGUCGUGUGAAGUUUAUAUCUGUCUUCAAAAGCAAAUUGUCUUUGUGUUAUUUACAAUUUUAAAACCAAGACUUUUGAGUUUGAUGUUAUUUAUUGUUCUUUGGGCAAUCGAUUUAACUCUGUUACGUAGCCUUCUGUGACAAUUAUUAUUAUUAUCCAUUGGCUGGAAACAGUUCAGCUCUUUCUUUU